UUAGAUUUUGGCGCAUUUGAUUUAUUUUUGUCAAAUUUUCUUCUUUGUUCUUUAUUUUUUUGGAUAAUUUCCAAUUUUAGCUGAAUUCAUGAACUCUAUCUUAAGAUGGAUCAUAAGCUUACCUGCUGCCAGCGUAGCCGGUUGUGAUCAUCAUAGAUCAAUUUUUCACUGAAUUGGGAUUGUUCUUUGUAUUUUUUCUACAAAAUGGUGAUUAUGUAUCGCCUCUAAAACUGAAUCGGAGGUAUGAUUUGAAGCAGGAAUCUUGUCGGUUGAUUAUACACUGAGGACUUUAACGCUCUGAACACAUCAGCUCUUUCACGCAUGGAUCAAAAGGCUGCUGUCGAGGAGGCAGGGAAUUUGAGAAACAGUCUUGAUAAACAUCUUGAACUUUUGAGGCCAUCUGCUCGAUACUAUUCAGUAUUUAAAGGGCAAGCACCAGAUGCCGCAGAAAAAGGCAAGUAUACACUUGUCAAAGAUGUGGAGGAGUUCCAAACUGGGAUUUUUGACAAACCCCUUCCAUGCUUUGGCUGUGGGAUCGGAUGGUUCUCCUUCCUGUUAGGAUUUGUGUGCCCAUUGAUGUGGUACUACGCUACAUUUCUUUAUUUUGGAAAUCACUACCGUAAAGAUCCUAGAGAGAGAGGAGGCCUUGCUGCUUCUGCAAUUGCUGCAAUGACAUGCUCUGUUGUACUGCUGAUUAUAAUAGUUUUUCGUCUAUUUUCAACCUAAUUUCCCGGAAUGGAAGUUUGUUCCUAACACCUUUUAUACAUGUUCAGUUCCAAGGAAUUGCAUGCAGAUGAAAUAGUGAAUGCUUGGGCCGCAAUGGAGGAAACUGUUGUCCCACAAGCAUGUAAUAUGAUAUGAGAAACAGAGCCAACCUGUACCAUCUGCUGAGCAUCCUUGUGAAGACAACAGAUAUUCGAGAAAUGUUUUGUUUAUAAGAAUUCAUGCAAGAAAUUAUACUUCGCCAUUGAUAGAACCGUGAAAUUGAAGGCUAUCUUCAUUUGUAAGUAAAUUGAUGAGCGUUCAUUAAUGGAAUAAUUUGCUUCAUUGUUGAAUGUUGUUAUAAAAUGCUCUUUACCUACAAAUUUCAACCUGUUCUCGGCAUUCUCGCUAGCCUAGAUAGAUAGAUGGAUGGCUAAGUGGUCGAAAUGACAACAGAUAAUUGCUAGCCAUAAACCGACUGCCCUUUCCAGGUGCUGAGAUUCCUAGAACAAGCUGCUAUAUCAUCUAUGAGAUUCCUAGUACGCUGGAAAUUUCUCAACUUCAAAUGUGGUCAGAGCUCACGUCCCUUCAUCAAUAUCCAAGUGCAAGAAAACAAAUUUAUGUUGGCUAUACUUUGGCUUAAAGUAAACCACUUUUGGUGGUAUUUCAACGUGUGUUAUAACCCAGAAACAGGCAAAAAAAUACAGUAGACAGACAAUUUCUAUAAUAAUUUGAAACGAUAAAUAGGUUAAGGCUCAACGUCAAGGACCAGCUCCAACUUGAUUCUCAAACAAAAGUAGUAAUAAAUGACCUUUCAAAAAAAAAAAA